GCCAUGUCAGCAGAGUUCAGAGAGAGAGCGCGAGCUGUGGCUGUGAGAGGGAGGUGCUUCAUGAGGAGCUGUUCAAGAGCAGACCACGCUCACCGCGCCACAGGAUCUGCGCAUCUGUCUCACUCACUGCAGAGCUGCGCCGUCUCUGAGGAACUGCAGCACGUUCUGCUUUUGUGUGGAAGUAGCAGUCGAAGCCUGGAGGAGCUGUGUGCUUUAUGAGAAUCCAGACAUUACCAUGCAUUUCUGAUGUAAGCUGAUCUGUGUUCAGUGUCUCUGAUGGAGCUGAAAGUUUGGGUGGAUGGAGUUGUACGAGUGGUUUGCGGCUUGUCAGAAGAGACAUCAUGUCAGGACGUAGUCAUUGCACUCGCCCAAGCCAUUGGCCAGACGGGUCGUUAUGUUCUCAUUCAGAGACUGAGGGACACCGAGCGCCAACUACUGGCCAAUGAGCGCCCACUGGAGUCCCUGGCCAAACUGGGACAACACAGCAGCGAGGUGCAGUUCUUCCUGCGGCGGACCGGUCCCAGUAGCAGUGAAGAGCAAAGUCUGCACAGCCGCACCCUCCCUCACUCCAAGCCUUCCACAUCAGAAACCAAACGGGGUUUGCCGAAGAAAUCUUUCACCUUCAACUUGGGCCCCUCCAGUUCUCCCCGUGUGAAAACUAAGGACUCCCGUAAAACACCCUCUCCUGAACAGAGGGCGUCCCCAGUUCCACACGCGCAGUACCUUCCAGGUCCAUCUAAAGAGGAGGUGCUCCGGCAUGUUCUCCAGCAGCGGGAGCAGCUACAUGCCCCCGAGUCUCAGCUGUUGGAUGUGGACAAGAAAUGCGAGACUUGGGAAGAGUCGUCUGCUGAGGAGUCACCCCUGCAGGCAGAGAUGGAUGUUUUGGAGAAGACCCUGUGGAGGAACCAGCAGGAGUUGGUGGACGAGGAGUUCUGGGAGGAGGAACUAAGGAUAGAGACUGAAAGGGAGCGUGAGAUGAAGCGGGGGUUAGGAGAGCUGCAUGCUAAACUGGAUAAUUGCGGGCAAAAGUUGCACGAAUUCAACACUCGCGCCAUGCAGCUUGAGGAGGACAUUCAGAGAGAAAUGCUACAGGCGGACAACUUGCCCGCGCAGUCCGAUUCAAAAGACUCUUUGGGGGUAGUCGAGGCAGAUCUUCAAAGUCGACAAAAGCAGGGGGAGGAAUUGGAGGCGGAGCUUUUAGAGCUUGAGAAGGCUUUGGGGAGGGCGGAGACUCUGCUGAAGGUAAGCAGAGAGAGCGUGGCUCUAGAGAGAGGCUUGUAGCUGUUGGCUGCAAAUGUUGGAGGGUAUUACGGUACCCUCUGCGGAGGUGCAUGAUCAAUGAACUGAAAAUUUGGAAGCGAACAAAGGAACCCAUCUUUUAAAAGUAUUUCACACUCAGAACUUGUGAAUUCUGCCUUUUCUGUGUACAGAAACAAAUGUUUUUAUUUGGACACGUAUACAUUUCUUUUAUUUCCUGUGCAUUUUAUGCCUUGAAAGGACAAAAUAAAGGCGUAUACCUAUUGAGCAAGUUUCUUUUCCUGCUGGGCAUGCAUGAAUAGUACAUAAUUAUGCACCAGCCUCAGUUUUAUAACAGCAUUUCAAUAUUUCAGUAUUCCAGUGACUUAAAUCAAAGACUUGCAAGUCUGUGAAACUGAUCUAUACUAUUUUAUACCACAGUGCCAC